AUGAGCACAAUUGAGCUGAAAAUCGAUAAACAAUUUUUGACGUCUCAAAAAUUUCCCUAUUUUUCGAAACCCCAAAUUAUUGGCGAGUAUUUUGUGAACAAAGAUAGGUGAGCGAGGAGAAAAUUGUGCCACGUGGCAUUUUUUUUUCAAAUCUUGAUGAAAAUUGUCCAUGGACAGUUUUUGGAGUCAUAAGAACACUCGAAAAAAUUUUGGACCUCUGAGCCAAGUUCUGGGCUCUCAAAAGUUCAAAAAAGGCCUAAAAUAGGUCCUUAAAAUAAUUCUUGUAAGAAAUAAAGUUUCAGAUACUUACAAAAAAUAUUUUAAGGACCUAUUUUAGGCCUUUUUUGAACUUUUUAGAGCCCAGAACUUGGCUCAGAGGUUCUAGAAUUUUUAGAGUGUUCUUAUGACUCCAAAAACUGUCCAUAGACACAAAUUUCAAGAUUUGAGGUUCCUUUGUGAAAAACAUAUCAAGAACAAUUUUUGCAUUGAAAAAUUCGAAUAUUUUUUGAAACGUAUUUUUUCUGGGAUUUUUUUGAAAUUAAAUAUGAUCAUGUUUGAUGUCAAAAUGCUCUAAAUUAUCUCAAAAAUCUGAAAUUUCUGGAAUUUUUCGAGCAUUUUGAGAUCAAACAUGACUAGUUUCAGAUUCAAAAUUAAUUUCAAAAAUUCUGAAAAAAUUCAGAAUAUUCAGUUGAAACUAGGUCAUGUUUGGGCUCAAAAAUUGCAGAAUUUUCUAGAAAAUCUGAAAUUCCCGGAAUUUUCCGAGCCCUGACAUGACUAAGUCAGAAAAUUCAAAAUUUUCAUUCCAGAUCAAUUCAAAUCGGUCGAAUGGCUGCAAAAAAUCUCAACGACACUCCGCUGCGGAAUCCGCGCGGCACUUCCGCGCCUGAUUUCGAUCUCGACGCGGGAUUUUCCGCAUUCGACCCAAAAGACCCGGGUGAACGUCUCGAGAUCCUUCAAAAAUGGUGUGAAAAAAUGGCGCCGGCAGGCGGAAGGUUGCGGAAACUUCUCCACGGUGCGGAAUUUUUCACGUGGCGCGGAUUGCUCACUAAAAUCGGUGCGACCGUCUACGCGGCAAAUGACACGUGGCGUUUCCGCGCGUUCCGCAUUCAUGGCGUCGUUUUUAUGUGCGAAGAGGAGACGGAAGACAAGACGCGGAAAAUGGAGGCGCAAACGGACAGGGAAAAACAUAUGACGUAUUGGGGACACAAAUUUGAGCAGUAUAUGACGUUGGAUGAUGGAAUGGUGAGCGAAAACUACGAUGCUCCGCGUUUACGCGGUGAUUUUUGAGUGAUUUUGGGGCGAAAACUACGACGCUCCGCCUUUACACUCCCAAUUUUCCAGGACCUUCCCGACACAAAUCAACCAGUUUCAACACGCGAAGAAUUCGCCACCGUCAUUCGAACCACCCUGGAAAGUUCUCAAUCCAAUCGUCGUCAACCUCUCGAACUCUUCUACUCAGCCGAAAUCGAUUGUUUGGAUCGAGAUGGCAAAUAUGUGGAACUCAAAACCAACAAAGGCGAUUUACGUGGAUGGUUUUGGACGGCUGGUGCAAAAAGUUUGAAGUGGUGGUUGCAGAGUUUUCUGGUGGCUAUCGAUUAUUUAGUGGUCGGACAUCGAGAUGAUCGGGGAAUUGUGACGAGGGUGAGCAGAAACUACGACACUCCGCUUUUACACAAGAAAUCUCAAUUCGCAGGUCUCCUCAAUUCAAACCGCCCAACUCCAAAAACAAUCACAAUGGUACGGUGGAGCCGCAAUUCGACUGAUCUCUCAAGUUCUCACACAACUCUCCGAUUUUUUGCCCAACGAAAAUCAGGCAUGUGUUGUGGAAUUUGGUGGUGGUGAUGGUGAAAAUACGAUUCGAUUCUCGAGAUGUUCGGAAGAUUUGUGUGAUUUUGUGCCUGAAGAGUUUAGAAGAAAGUUUUGGUGA